AUGGGUUUCAGAGGCAAGAUGAAGCGUUCGAAGAAGGAGGAGCAUGGUGUGUACAUGAAGUUCCGAGUCCGUGAUCCGAGGCCAACGCAGACACUCCAAGAUGGACUCCGCUUCGUGAAGAACUUGAAGCGCGGGUUAGCCGGAGAGCCGGACAAGUACGAUGAGAUCAUCGCCAUCAUGCGCCAGUUCAUGUCCGGGAGCAUUUGUACUGCUGUUGUGGUUGAGCGUGUGAAGGUGCUUCUGGAAGGUCACCCUGAUCUCCUCCGUCACUUCAACCAGUUCCUGCCAUGGGGAUACAUAAGGGCUCAUGGACCACUCGGAAGGACCAGCGUCUGA